AUGGCUCCGUCGUACAACAUCCGGCCUGAAAACACGCUGCGGCGUGCAGAGGACCUCAUUGCUGUUGACCAGAAAGAGGCAGCUCUGCAGACUCUGUACGACUUCAUCACCUCCAAGCGCAUCAGAUCCGUUGCACCACUGGACCUGGAACCUAUUGCAUUGUUGUUUGUUGAGUUGGGUGUUGAUCUGAGGAGCGGGAAGCUAGUGAAGGACGGAUUGCACCAGUACAAAAAAAACGUGCAAAGCAACGACUCUGGCUUGGAGUCUGUGGAGACCGUGGUGAAGAAGUUUUUGGAGAAAGCAGAAGCCAAACUGAACGAUGCACAGCUCAAAGCCAACGACGUCGCGGCCACCUUGGAGGCUGAGGCUGCUCAACUGGAGGCGGACGACGAGGACGAGGACGACGAAAACAGACAGAUCGUUGUUUCUCCAGAAGACGUGCUGAUGUCCAGUGUUUCCACGGAUGAUACCAAAGACCGUUCCGAUAGAGAGCUUGUUGUUCCUUGGCUGAAAUUUCUAUGGGAGGCGUACAGGACUGUUUUGGAUAUCCUGAGAAACAAUUCCAAGCUGGAAGUUGGCUAUGCUGCGGUUGUUUCGCAGGCAUUCGGUUUCUGUGUCAAGUACAACAGAAAGACCGAGUUCAAACGUCUGUGCGAGAUGCUGAGGACCCAUUUGCAGACAGUGACACAGAAACCUGCUGUUAAACACCAGAUCGAGAACCCGAUUGAUCUGUCUGACCCAGACACUCUUCAGAGAUAUCUUGAGACAAGAUUCAACCAGUUGAACGUUUCUGUCCGUCUCGAGCUCUGGCAAGAGUCUUUCCGUACGGUCGAGGAUGUGCACACUCUGAUGACGAUAUCGAAAAGACAGCCCAAACCAAGCAUGAUGGUGAACUACUACGACAACCUGGCCAAAAUCUUCAACGUGAGCGACAACCGCUUGUUCCAUGCUGCUGCUAGACAGAAGUUCUUCUCCCUGUUUGUGCAAUCCCCAAUAGCUACCGACGAGGAGCUCAAGCACUAUGCAUCUAUGCAGCUGCUGUCUGUUCUGUCCGUUCCAGUGACCUCGUCCUCCAAAGUUGACGACUUUGCCAAGAGAAAAGACAACAGGCUGUCGAUGUUGCUCAACCUCUCCAAGGUGCCUACCAGAGAGUCUUUGUUGACCCAGGUGGCUUCUAGAAACGUUCUGAGCAUCGUUGAUCCUGCCCUGGCCAAGUUGUACGAGUUGAUGGAGAAAGACUUGCAUCCUAUCUCGUUUGCUUCGCAAGCCAAAGACAUCUUUGCCUUCAUCGAGUCGAACAAAGAGUUCCACAUGUAUAUCAAGCCGCUGACAAGCGUCAUUCUGGAUAAGCUUUUUGAGCAGAUUUCAGAGGUUUACGAGACGGUCAAGCUGGACUUCCUGGUGAAGCUGUCCACAUUUGAGGGCCAAUUCAGGCUCACUCCAAUUGAGAUCGAGAGCCGUCUUCUUGCAGCAGCCUCCAACAACCUACUCUCCGUCAAAAUUGACCACGAAGCCAAGGUUGUCUCGUUCAAGACAGACACUCUAGAGAACUCUCUGCUCAGCUCAAUUCCUCUCAAUGUCUCGAGCAGAAUCCAGUACACUCCUACCGAGAUCAUUAGAACACAGCUUUCCUCUCUGGCUAAUACCCUGAGAGAGUCUGUCAGACUCAUUGACCCGUUGGCUUCUGAGAAUGAGAAGACUUUGAAACAGAAAGUCAGCGUGCGUGCAAAUGCUGAGUUCGCUGAGGAGAGACAAGAGGUGCUGGACCGUGCUCUUCUUCUGGAGAACAGAAUGAAGGAGGUGGCCGAGAUCAAGCGUCGUGAUGAGGAGGCUGCCACGAAGGCCAGAUACGAGAAGCUUGCUGCCGUCAAGAAGGCCGAGCAGGAAAGAAUUGAGCAGGAGACUGCCAAGAGGCUGGAAGAGAAGCGCAGAAAGGAGCUGGAAGCCAUUCAGAAGGCCGAGAGAAAGAAGCUGCUGAACGAGAUCAACGCCAAGGGUAUCAUUAAGGUGGACAUGGACGACAUCGAGAACCUUGAUGGAAGAAAGCUUCAAAAGAUGCAAAUCGAGAAGCUUGAGCAGGAUAGAAGGGUCCUCGAAGAGCGCAUUGAAGCCACUGCCAAGAGAUUUGACUACCUCGAAAGAGCACAGCGCAGGUACGAGCUUCCCAUGUUACAAGAGGAUGCCGAGGGGCAGAAGGGACGCGAGAUGGAGGUUUACGAGGAGAUGAAGCAGAAGUUGAUUGCCAAUGCCAAGAAGGAGCACGAGGAGGCUCUCAAGAUCAAGCAGCGACUGGCUCGUUUGAUUCCAGACUACGAGGCGUUUGUUGGCCAAAAGGAGCAGGCUUUGUGGGAGGAGUACGAGAAGAAGGCUGCCGAGGCCAACGAGAAGUUUGAGGCGGCCAAGAAACAGCGUAUUGCCGAGUUCAUUGCUAAGAAGAAAGCUGAGUUCGAAGAGCAGCAGAAGUCGUUGGCCCAGGCCGAAGAACGUUUGCAGAAGGAGGCUGCCGAGUGGGAGGCCAAGAUGACCAACCUGAAGUAUGCAGACAAGCUCAAGCUGAAGAGAGCUGGACAAUGGCCACCGGUGCCUCCUGCACACUUGCAAAAAUACAUACAGAAGGAGAUUAAAUAA